AUGGCUGCGUUCAUGGCUUUGCUAGAACAAGAAGAGAGGAAAGAGAGGAGGCCGCGUAUUUUCCGUGAUUGGAACAACCCAAUCGACUAUAUGGCAGAUGUUGAGCUGAUAGAGCGACACAGGAUGCCAAAAAUUAAGAUCUUGGAAGUUGUUGAUUUAGUUAGAAAAGAUAUAGAGAGUCCAACCUACAGAAGUCAUGCUAUUCCAGCAAUUUUACAGGUAUUGGUCUCUUUGAGAUAUUAUGCAAAAGGGGAUUUUUACUCCGAAGUCGGAGAUUUACAUGGAAUUUCAAAAGCCAGUGUGUCAAGAUGCAUCACAAGAGUAUCUAAAGCCAUCGUUUCAGAAAUGGACAACAUAAAAUUUCCAUCAACAGAAGCUGAGAUGAAUGUGGUUAAAAGGGGAUUUUAUCGUAUUGCCAAGGUGCCAAAUGUCAUCGGUGUAGUAGAUGGUACUUUGAUCCCCAGUAUUGCUCCAAAAGAGAAUGAACCUGCAUAUGUCUGCAGGAAAGGAUACCAUUCCUUGAACAUACAGGCAGUUGUGGAUCAUGAGAUGAGAUUUACAAACCUAGUAGCAAAAUUUCCAGACAGUGUACACGACUCGUACAUCUUUUCAAAUUCUGAAUUGGGAUACUUUUUUGAAGAGAACAAUGUGGAUGGAUGGUUACUGGGAGAUUCUGGAUAUGGUUUAAAAAAGUAUUUGCUUACUCCAAAAUUAAAUCCUAACACACUGGCUGAGGAGAAAUACAACAAGGCUCACUCAAAAACGCGCACCAUAGUGGAACAGGCAUUUGGUGUAUGCAAAUCUAGAUAUAGGUGUUUGCAUAAAACAGGGGGCUGUUUGCCAUUUACACCUGACAAAUCUGCAAUAGUUGAGACAGCUGUUUUUAAACUCCACAAUAAGUGUAUAGAUGACAAGUUGCCAUUUCCAGAUUUUACAGAUGAUUUUAUUGACAAUGUAGAUAACCAUAUUAGAGAUAUUGCACCUGCUACUGUUCAAACUCUUAGAGAACACAUUAUUCAGAGAUUUGCCUAAAAACUUAUUUAUAUGCCUAUCUGAUUCAUGAAAAUUAGAAAAACAUGUUUCUGUUUUCCACCAAAAAUAUAUAU